AUGAAAGUGGUACAGCUUGUUGAAGAUGAUGACCGCAUAAUUUGCAUGACUAAAUGGUGGUUGGCAAGGUUUUGUGUGCUUCCAUCUAAUCCGCUUAAACAUGUACUUAAGAAGUGCAACUUCUCCGGCCUUCGCAUAGGUCGUUGGACCCUGCCCUUCUCCACACUCCCAGGUCAAUGGAGGAGACUCCACAAUAGUACGAUAGGCUAUACAACUCCAAUGGACACCAUUGAAUACCUGGGAUUUCUGCUACUAAUAAUUUUCUUCUUCCUUUCUCUCUGCUUUUGGAUCAUUAGAAAUCUUACAAGGCCUAAAAGCUCAAUUCUUCCUACCAAUUGGCCUUUCGUUGGUAUGAUGCCGGGGCUUCUUCAAAAUGUUCAUCAUGUCCAUGACUAUGUCACUGAGUUUCUUAAACAAAGUGGGCAAACAUUUGUUUUCAAAGGCCCUUGGUUUGCUAAUGUGAACAUGGUAGUCACUUGUGAGCCUGCUAACGUCCACCACAUCUUGAGCAGACAUUUUCCAAAUUACCCAAAGGGCAGUGAAUUCAACAAAAUAUUCGAUAUUUUGGGAGAUGGCAUUUUCAAUUCGGAAUCUGAAUUGUGGGAAACCCACAGGAGAACUUCUACAUCAUUAAUCCACAAUAAACAGUUCCUAAACUUCUUAGAGAGAACUACCCGGCGCAAAGUGGAAGAUGCAUUAAUCCCAUUUUUGAAUCGCGUUGCGGAGCGAGGAACAGAGAUAGAUUUGCAAGAGUUGUUCCAUAGAUUGACCUUUGACAGUACCUGCACAUUUGUGUUAGGCCAUGACCUAGAUUCUCUUUCUAUCGACUCACCGAAUAUUCCGUGUGAGAAGGCGUUUGGUGACGUUGAAACGGCACUUUUUUUCAGGCACAUAUUGCCAGAAAGGUAUUGGAAACUGCAGAGGUGGCUUCAAAUUGGCACAGAGAAGAAGAUGAGUAAAGCUUGGGAAACACUUGAUCAAUUUUUAGGUCAGUGCAUUGCCCUCAAGCGCAAAGAACUAAGAACAAGCAUGACCCAGAUGGUGGAACAACAACAAAAUGAAGGUUUUGACUUAUUAACAGCAUAUAUGAAGGCGUACCAAGUAGAAAAUGGUGGUGUUACAACAAGCACUACUUCUGACGACAAGUUUCUGAGGGACACCUUAUUGAGUCUAGUUUUUGCAAGCAGGGACACCACAAGUUCAGCUCUCACUUGGUUUUUCUGGCUCAUUGCGACACACCCACUUGCAGAAACCAACAUUCGAGAAGAGAUCAAAACAAAGCUACUUUCGAAAGGGAAAAGCGCUGAAAAGCCAAGUGUAGUUUUCACCAUGGAAGAAUUGAGUAAACUGGUUUAUCUCCAUGGAGCUCUGUGCGAGUCAUUACGUCUAUUUCCACCUGUGCCUUUACAGCACAAAUCUUCAUUGAAACCGGACAUCUUUCCUAGUGGUCAUAGCAUUGAUGGAAAUACAAAGAUUGUGUUAUCUUUUUAUUCAAUGGGGAGGAUGGAAUCGAUAUGGGGCAAAGACUGCAUGGAGUUCAAGCCUGAAAGAUGGAUUACAGAUCGAGGAGGAAUUAAACAUGAGCCAUCGUUUAAGUUCGUGGCGUUUGGUGCAGGACCUAGGAGUUGUUUAGGAAAGAACAUGUCUUUCCUUCAAAUGAAAAUAGUUGCGGCCACCAUCAUAUUCAAUUAUCAUGUUCAACUUGCUCAACCUCAUCAUCCUGUUUCUCCAAGCAAUUCUGUCAUACUUCAUAUGAAAGAUGGUUUAAAAGUCAAGGUCACCAAGCUUACUUGA